AGGAGAGACAGAGACAGAGACCUAGCUAGCUCCCACCAAACAGGGACCAGCCUAACACCUCUUGCUCCCCCUCCCAUUACUCCCUCAUUUUCUUUUUGCAGUUUGGGUGGCCAUCAAGGAAACUUGGGGUUCACUGAACCCCGAGAGGCCAGCAAGGCUGCUUUUGUACAACUUUAUUUCUCUUCUCAGGAACAUCAGCAUUGGAGACUUCAAGUCUACCCUGCAACAAUAAGGGUGGAAAAAAGUAAUGUCUGAGCCAGAAGUCUUAUCUGUUGCCAGUUAGCGGGUAACCGUAAAGAAGUCUUUGGCACCUGAUGGACAAAUAAAUGAGUGCCAGGCGUGGCCAGGCCAGGGUGUGUGGGGAGGAGAGCAAACGUUUUGCAAGGUGAACAUUCAAGGUAAAUGUGCAGACGCAUGAAUGUGUGGGUGUGCUGCUGACCUCUGAUGUUCACAGUAACUGACUGGUGCGGCUCGCAGUUCCCGCUUGGGAGACACAUGGAUUGAUUUGAGGGGAGAGAAGUAGUUGACUCUUUGCGGACAGGAGCAUUUCCCCAAAAGGAAGGGUCUCUGAAUCCCAAGCAUUGGUGUUUUCUAAGCCCUGUGAUUACAGGUGAAGGGCAAGUGAGCCAGGAAGGUGAAAAGCAAAAGGCAACUGAGCUGUGGAAGGUAAGGAUGCUCUCCUUGGUCCACACAGGUUGGCAGCAAUGGCUUGCCAGGGCUUCAGAUGGGGCUGCUCCUUGUCCUACCUGGAGAUGCCAAUGGGGAUUGAAUCAGGGACAGGUACUCUGCCACUGAGCAAAGGUCCUUCCCCAAGGUUGAUGGGAGUCAUCAGAAACCCACCAACUCUGGAGGUCCACCACGGGUUCACCAUCUCUGCACUUAAGGGGGUUACGAUUCUGCUGUCACUCUUGCUUCCUCAACAUCUUUUAACUGUCCCUCUUCUACCACUGAAGGAAACACACACUAUUCCCCUCUCAGCUCUGUAAUGCCCUUCCCAAGCAAAUUUGUUGCAUCUCCUUAAAAGAGUCAGAGAGCCCUGAAGCAUUGCUGCCUGAAGGCUGGUGCCCCUGGGACUGCAGAGCACUUCUGAUGUCUUUGAGCAAAGGAGACAGGUGCUGAUCUCCUGGUAAGUAUGGAAAGACAGUUACCUGGACGCUGACCUUCCUUCCUCCCUGUUUUCAUGACUCAGGAGCAAAUACAUUUUCCCCAGUCCCAGCCUUGUUAUUUUGCUUUUCGUGUGCUCACUCUUACUUCUCCCUAAGAUUGCAUUGCUUCUUUACUUGUCAUCUUAUCGGUUCUUGUUCAUUGCAGGAGGUCUGUUAAUCAGGAGGAACAAGAAUUGCUCUCAUUUCCCCUUGCCCCCCACAACUGGAGUUUCCCACGACAGGGUGCUGGGCUUCCAGGACUAGGUUAAGAAAAGAAACUGGUGGGCAAAAUGGCCAGGAAGAUGAGCAUCGACCAGCUGGAAGACCAGCUGCUCUGCCCCAUUUGCCUGGAAGUCUUCAAAGAGCCCCUGAUGCUCCAGUGUGGGCAUUCCUACUGCAAGAUCUGCGUGGUCGCGCUUUCAGUUGACCUGGAGAGCCAGUUCCUUUGCCCAGUGUGCCGGAAGGCUGUGGACUGCAGCAGUUCCCCACCCAACGUCAACCUGGCUCGUAUCAUUGAGGCGCUGCAUGCUGCAGGCAGCUCAGAUCCCAACGAAGAGUCCUGCCCUAAUCACCACAACCCCCUCAGCCUCUUCUGUGAGCAAGACCAGGAGGUGAUCUGUGGUCUCUGUGGCACCAUCGGCACCCAUCAGCACCAUAAGGUCACCCCCAUCUCGACCAUCUACAGCCGGAUGAAGGAGAAGCUCUCUGCAUGGAUGACGGAGGUGCAGAAGCAGAAGGGGAGCUUGGAUGAGCAUGUCAGCAGGCUGAUGAACAACAAGACACGCAUUGCGAACGAGUCCGAUGUCUUCAAAUGGGUGGUCCGGAAGCAGUUCCAGGAACUGCACAGGUACAUCGAUGAGGAGAAGGCUAGGUUCCUGGGGCGGAUUGAGAGGGAGGCAGGCCAACUUAUCGCCUCCAUCGAAGUCCAGGUGAAUCAGACGGCAGACAUCUUGCAGAAGCUGAAGGAGCUGGAGAAUUCCCUGGAGAAACUCAACAACGAAGGCCAGUUGGAUUUCAUAAGGAAAUACAGAUCUCUUCCCUCCAGGUCUGAGCUCCCCCGCCAGCAUCUGGCUGAUGGUAUGUUCAGCGCAGUCUCCUUUAAGCCUGACUUCCACCAAGAUGACAUCAAGAUGAUGGUGUGGAAGAGACUACUACGCAAAGUCCUCCCAGCUCCAGAGAUGCUGAAACUGGACCCAGUGAGUGCGCACCCCAUCCUGGAGCUGUCCAAGGGAAACACCAUGGUCCAGUGUGGGGUGUUCUUCCAGAGGCGAGGCAGCAACCCUGACCGCUUCGACUACAGCAACUGCAUCCUGGGUAACAAGGGCUUCUCCUGGGGGAGGCACUACUGGGAGGUGAUUGUGGGCCUCAAGAGCCACUGGCGUUUGGGCAUCGUCAAAGCCACGGUCAGCCGCAAGGGCAAGCUGAACAAGAGCCCUGAGCAUGGGGUGUGGCUAAUCGGCCUGAAGGAGGGCAAGGUCUAUGAGGCCUUCAACAACCCACGUGUGGUGCUGCCGCUCUCAGCCCGCCCCCAGCGCAUCGGGGUCUACUUGCACUACGAGAAGGGUGAGCUGACCUUCUACAAUGCAGACAGCCCUGACGAACUGGUACCAAUUUACACCUUUCAAGCAGAGUUCCAGGGCAAGCUGUACCCCAUCCUGGACAUGUGUUGGCAUGAACGGGGCACCAACACGUUGCCCAUUGUCCUGCCUACGCCCACCAUGCUGCAGGUCCAAGAAGAUGAUGGCCUCAAUGCCCAGGAGCCCACCAAGUUGUAAGUGGGCAGUUCCUGCCUGCUGAGCUGCAGAGUGAGUGCCAUGUUGCUGCAACUGCAGGGGAGAAAGGCACUAGCCACAGACUGCUCUGCUCCAAAGCAUGGCAAGCUCGACUAGAGAAACCCUGAUCAAGGUGUAACUGGAUUUGUAUUCUCACAGGGGAACAGUCCCCACAUAUACAAGGUGGGCUCCAGAGAUUUGUUUGAGAACCUUUUGCCUUCAGCU